UCAUUACAGACAUCAAUUGUUGUACAACAUCAUGGCUACGCUGUUGGCAUCACCUUUUACAGUGGAUUUCCACUGUUGUGGGCCUUGAACCAUUUGUCUGACUUUGUUGUUCACACAGGAGAGAGACGGGACUAUCGUGGAUCCUCUGGGGAGCCUCAACAACCUCAUGAUGCGGAAGAGGCAGAGAAGAGUCCCUCCAGACCAGAACACCUCAAGAAACACCUGCAGAGAUCCACAUGGAAGAGAACUCACUGCUGCUCUGACUGUGGGAAGAGAUUCACCUCAUCAGGCAUUAAAAUUCAUCAGAGAAUCCACACAGGAGAGAAACCUUAUAGCUGUGAUCAAUGUGGGAAGAGUUUUACUACAUCUGGCUCUCUGACAGUGCACCAGAGAAUACACACAGGAGAGAAACCUUAUAGCUGUGGUCAAUGUGGGAAGAGGUUUACUCAGUCAACCAGCCUGAUAUCGCACCAGAGAAUCCACACAGGAGAGAAACCUUAUAGCUGUGAUCAAUGUGGGAAGAGUUUUACUACAUCUGGCUCUCUGACUUUACACCAGAGAAUACACACAGGGGAGAAAUCUUAUAGCUGUGAUCAAUGUGGGAAAAGUUUUAUUCAAUCUAGUUAUCUGACAAUGCACCAGAGAAUACACACAGGAGAGAGACCUUACAGCUGUGGUCAAUGUGGGAAGAGUUUUUGUCAAUCUAGAGAUCUGACAGUGCACCAGAGAGCACACACAGGAGAGAAACCUUAUAGCUGUGGUCAAUGUGGGAAGAGUUUUAUUACAUCUAGCAUUCUGACUCGACACCAGAGAACACACACAGGAGAGAAACCUUAUAGCUGUGUUCAAUGUGGGAAGAGUUUUAUUACAUCUAGCAUUCUGACUCAACACCAGAGAACACACACAGGAGAGAAAUCUUAUAGCUGUGGUCAAUGUGGGAAGAGUUUUGUUCGAUCUGGCCAUCUGACAAUACACCAGAGAACACACACAGGAGAAAAACCUUAUAGCUGUGGUCAAUGUGGGAAGAGUUUUGUUCGAUCUGACUAUCUGACAUUACACCAGAGAACACACACAGGAGAGAAA